AUGGCCAAGGGGAAGAAUCGUCAGGGAAUGAGAAAGGCGAUAAUGAUGGUUGAAGGAAAAUCCUUGGGAUACAUUGAAUUUCGUAAUAAUUUGAUACGGCACCCCUGCGGUCUCGGUGAGGAUGAGAAGGUUAUAUGGGCUGUUGAUCUAUGUCACGAUGACAUUUCGCACCUUUUUCGUUCAUAUUGCGUACAGCAUAAUGACUACCUGAGGAUUAAGAGAAUUUAUGAGACGUAUGGAUACGAUCAAAUGGUGAUUGCAGAGGGAAUUCUGCAAGUCGCUGAGGGACAAGACAGUAGAGAAGGAAAGGAAUUGCUGCUCAGUAUCAGGGAUGAUCAGAAGAGCCAGUACCUGAACCAAGACUUCGAGACGAAUUCAUAUAACUAUGGAUAUGACGUCACUCCAGAUGGCCAGCAGUUUCAUCACGAAACACUUGGUCCUGAUGGUGUGACCUAUGGGUGUUAUGGAUAUGUAGACCCAUUUGGGAAGAUGAUAGCAGUCUUCUAUAUUAGUGAUGGCUGGGGUUAUCGCGUCGUUCGACCCAGAGAAGAUAUAGAAAUUUUCUUGCAUAAACACGAACAUCAUGAACAUAAUGACCAUCAUGAUCACCAUGAGCAUCACGGGGUUAUAACUCCCUGGAGGGAUUUACAUUUUCCGGAGACUUGUAGUCGACAUGAAGGAGGUGCCAUGCGUCCUGGCGGAUCCAACCCGUCACGACCCGAAUUUCCAACAUCGGGGAGCUCUAAUGGAGGUCCAAGUCAACCUGUAAGUCCUCCAUCGCAACCCGGAAUUCCUUCUCAACCGAGUUAUCCGAAUCAACCUGGAACGGGUACACCUCAAAGACCCUCCCAGCCGAGUCAGCCUGACACAGGAACACCAUCGAGGCCGGAAAUACCUUUUCAACCAAAUCAACCUAGUCCUCCCGGUACAGGCUCACCUCAGAGACCAGGAUCACAGCCCCAGCCGACUCAUCCUAAUCGACCGGGAACGGGCAUACCUCAGAGACCAGGAACACCGUCUCAACCAACUCAUCCGAAUCAACCCGGUACAGGCAUAUCUCAGAUACCAGGAGAACCGGCCCCGCCAAGUUAUCCUAAUCAACCCGGAGCAGACGGACUUCAGAGACCGGAAGUACCACCACGGCCUAGCUAUCAACCUGGCAGUCCGCAGCGGCCAGGUUCGCCGUCUCGACCAGGUUUUCCUAGCCAACCUGGAAUAAGCAGUCCACAGAGGCCAGGUUCAUCGUCCCAACCAAGUUUUCCUAGCCAACCUGGAAUAAACAAUCCACAGAGGCCUGGUUCACCGUCCCAACCCAGUUUUCCUAGCCAACCUGGAAUAAGCAAUCCGCAGAGGCCAGGUUCGCCGUCCCAACCAAGUUCUCCUGGUCAGCCCGGAGUAAGUACUCCACAGAGUCCGGGCACACCAUCUCAACCCAGUUUUCCUUCUCAACCAAGUUAUCCUAAUCAACCCGGAACAGACACAGCUCAGAGACCGGGAGUUCCGUCGCGGCCAACUUCACAGCGGCCGGGUACAUCAUCGCAACCAGGUUUCCCUGGACAGCCAGGGAUAAGUACUCCGCAGAAUCCGGGUACAUCUCAACCCAGUUUCCCGGCCCAGCCUGGUAUAAACACUCCGCAAAGGCCAGGAACACCACUUCAACCCAGUUACCCAAACCAGCCUGAGAUAAGCACUCCACAGAGACCAGGGACACCGUCUCAACCGAAUUAUCCCAAUCAGCCUGGAAUCAGCACUCCGCAGAAGCCGGGAAUCCCAUCACAACCAAUCUACCCAAAUCAUCCUGGAAUAAGUACACCGCAGAGACCACAGACACCCUCUCGACCAAGUUACCCAUCUCAGCCUGGAGCUGGAACUCCAUCGACACCGGGUAUUCCUUCCAGCCCGGCACUCCAACCCAAUCCCCCGGUGAAUGGACCCUCACAACCGAGUUAUCCAAAUCAGCCCGGUGCUGGCACCCCAUCUCGACCUGGAGCACCAUUUCAACCAAGCUAUCCUAGUACACCUCAAGGACAAAUUCCUACCCGACCUGGAGCACCAUCUCAGCCAAGUUAUCCCGGUCCACCUCAGGGCCAAAUUCCUGCCCGACCAAGCCCGACAUAUAAACCCAGCUCCCCUACUUCACAAUCGCAACCUGGAGCUAAUGUCCCCUCGAGACCUGGGACUUCUUUGACACCAGGAGCGGGAAACCCACCGGCAUCAGGAGGUUCUCCAUCGCAGCCUGGCUUCCCAACAAACCCUAAUUAUCCAAAUCAACCAGGAGUGAACGGUCCAUCGAAGCCUAGCGGGUCCCACGGGCCUAGUACUUCAUCACAACCUAGCUACCCGAAUCAACCAGGAACUAAUAUUCCUUCACGGCCUGGGACUCCAUUGCAACCAGCUUAUCCUAGCCAACCAGGGGCAAAUGUGCCAUCACGACCCAGUGGUCCAUCGUCGCCUGCAAUUCCAUCUCAACCAGGGUAUCCAAAUCAACCAGAUGCGAAUGUCCCACCAAGGCCCGCUCCUGCACCACAACCUAGCUAUCCAACUCGCCCAGGUUCGAAUGGACCUUCGAGACCCGCGAGUCCGGGAUCUUCUCCGGAUCAGCCUGCAUAUCCAGGCCAAACAGGAGCACAUCCUCCAUCGCAUCCAGGACAUCCCAGUCACCCAGGGGCAAACAUUCCAUCGCGACCUAGUUCUCCAAGUCAACCUGGAACGAGUACUCCUAUACACAGUGGAACUCCGUCACAACCGGGUUAUCCAAGUCAACCAGGACCAAGUAUACCAAUUCGUCCAAGCACUCCCUCGAAACCAAGUUAUCACCCAGGAUCGAGUCCUCCAUCACGACCUUUGCCCCCAUCACAACCUGGAUAUCCCAACCAACCGGGAACAUCCGCACCGUCACAGCCGAGCAUUCCAUCACAACCUGGUCAUCCAAGUCAACCAGGAGCGUCCAUACCCUCACACCCUGGUAGCCCAUCACACCCCGGGUAUCCGAGUCACCCUGCAAGUAACAUUCCAUCCCGGCCGGGAACAUCAACCCAGCCUGGCCAUGCCAGUCAACCUGAAACUACUGGGCCAUCCAAACCAGGAUAUCCCAGUCAACCAGGAACUACUGGACCUUCACAACCGGGAUAUCCCAGUCAACCGGGAACUACUGAACCUUCACAAACGGGGCAUCCUAGUCGACCAGGAACUACUGGGCCAUCACACCCAGGAUAUCCCAGUCAACCAGGAACUACCGGGCCAUUCCAGCCGGAAUAUACCAGUCAACCAGGAACUACCGGGCAAUCACAACCGGAAUAUCCCGGUCAACCAGGAACUACCGGGCUAGCCCAGCCGGGAUAUCCCAGUCAACCAGGAACUACCGGGCCAUCACAGCCGGGAUAUCCCAGUCAACCAGGAACUACCGGGCCAUCCAAGCCGGGAUAUCCGAGUCAACCAGGAACUACCGGGCCAUCCCAGCCGGGAUAUCCCAGUCAACCAGGAACUACCGGGCCAUCCCAGCCGGGAUAUCCCAGUCAACCAGGAACUACCGGGCCAUCCCAGCCGGGAUAUCCCAGUCAACCAGGAACUACCGGGCCAUCCCAGCCGGGAUAUCCCAGUCAACCAGGAACUACCGGGCCAUCCCAGCCGGGAUAUCCCAGUCAACCAGGAACUACCGGGCCAUCCCAGCCGGGAUAUCCCAGUCAACCAGGAACUACCGGGCCAUCCCAGCCGGGAUAUCCCAGUCAACCAGGAACUACCGGGCCAUCCCAGCCGGGAUAUCCCAGUCAACCAGGAACUACCGGGCCAUCCCAGCCGGGAUAUCCCAGUCAACCAGGAACUACCGGGCCAUCCCAGCCGGGAUAUCCCAGUCAACCAGGAACUACCGGGCCAUCCCAGCCGGGAUAUCCCAGUCAACCAGGAACUACCGGGCCAUCCCAGCCGGGAUAUCCCAGUCAACCAGGAACUACCGGGCCAUCACAGCCGGGAUAUCCCAGUCAACCAGGAACUACCGGGCCAUCCAAGCCGGGAUAUCCGAGUCAACCAGGAACUACCGGGCCAUCCCAGUCGGGAUAUCCCAGUCAACCAGGAACUGCCGGGCCAUCCCAGCCGGGAUAUCCCAGCCAACCAGGAACUACCGGGCCAUCACAGCCGGGAUAUCCCAGUCAACCAGGAACUACCGGGCCAUCCAAGCCGGGAUAUCCGAGUCAACCAGGAACUACAGGGCCAUCCCAGCCGGGAUAUCCCAGUCAACCAGGAACUACCGGGCCAUCCCAGCCGGGACAUCCCAGUCAACCAGGAACUACCGGGCCAUCCCAGCCGGGAUAUCCCAGUCAACCUGGAACGAGCAUCCCAUCCAAACCAGGUACGUCCGCAAACCCUGGCUAUCCCAGUCAACCAGGAACUACUGGACCCUCGCACCCUGGAUAUCCAAGUCAAUCAGGGGCUGGUAUUCCAUCCAGACCAGGUACCCCCGCACACCCUGGAUAUCCAAGUCAAUCAGAAAAUAACAUCCCAUCUCGACCCGGAUCUGCAUCACACCCCGGAUAUCCCAGUCAACCAGGAACAUCUGCGCCAUCACAACCAGGAUACCCAAGUCACUCGGAUAACAACAUUCCCUCUCGGCCUGGGACGCCAGCCCAACCCGGCUAUCCAAAUCAACCGGGAUCAAACAUUCCAUCCAAACCUGGCACACCAGCAAAACCUGGCUAUCCAAGUCAACCGGGAGCGAGCAUACCUUCUCACCCAAAUGCUCCAUCGAAGCCGAGUUAUCAACCAGGGCCAAGUCCCCCAGCACAACCUUCACCUCCAUCUCACCCAGGACACCCGAGUCGACCCGGCUCUGGAAUAUCAAGCAAACCCGGGAAACCAAGUCGACCGAGUGCACCUGUCGGACCAGCAUACCUCCCUCCGAAACCCAGUCAACCUCAUCCCAGUCCCCCAAACCGCCCAAAUCGUCCAAAACCAGGAGGUGGGUCUCAUACUUCGCGUCCCGGAUCACCUCCUCCCGGUGCACCUACGAAACCAAUUUGUCAUUCGACUCCCUGUCAAUCCGGAUCAACGCCGGGCAGCCCUGGCGCACCAAACUACCCAUCAGGUUAUCCAGGCUCUUCCGGUCCUAGUUACCCCGGAGCUGGCUACCCUCAACAGCCAGGUACCGCAACUCCACCUUCAUAUCCUGGAUACCCUGAUCCUGACAAUCCCAACUACCCCGGUUUUCCGCCUGCGCCUGGAGGACCUGCAGGACCUGGAGGUCCAGGAGGACCUGGAGGUCCAGGAGGACCUGGAGGUCCGGGAGGGCCUGACGGUCCAGGAGGACCUGUUGGCGGAUUCGGAGGUGACGGCGGAAUCGGUGGCGAUGGAGGUGUAGGCCCCGCAGGACCAGACGGUCCAUGGCCAACAGGUUCACCCGGCCCAAGUGGACCGUGGCCCGGUGAUCCCCGCUUCCCUUUCCAAGGGACCCUAAAAACAGUGUAUCCAGGCGGCCAAUACAUACCCGCUUCUUAUGAAUUUCAACCAGAACCAGAAAACCCCAAUAUUUACAAUCAACAAGACAACUACGAACGCACGAAUUACCCAUAUUCAGAGCGUGUAGUAGUCCCACCCAAUCGUCAGCCAACACCUUUCGGCUUAACUGAAAAUUCACCAGGAGUUGGUCCAAAUAACUAUCCAGGAUAUCGCCAGACUGAAUACAACUCAUUCCAACGCGCAAUAAUGGCCAACAUGAUGAAUGCAGAAGACUACACCGAAGACGAAAAGAAUAUAAUUAUAAAUCAAGCAAUCCAACUCCCGUUCGACCGAAAAAGUGAGAAGGAAAGCCCACUAAAUCCAUACGACCCACCAAAUUUCGAGGAUCUAGAUUACCAAAUAUCCCAAUACGACGAGAACUACAGAAACUUGCAAUCAGAGCCGCCGCGUCAAGCGAUUCCUGAAGAGCAAGAACAAGCGAACGAGUUUCAAACCCUCCCCCAGAGACCCAGUGAUCCCGCCCCAGGACUUGACCAGGUAAACACAUCUCCCAAAAAUCCCGCUGAAUUCUCUGCGAUAGGCGUCCACCCCCCCGGACCCAUCAAAAUCAAACCAAUUCCGCUACCAGUCGGACCAAACCCAGAGAUGUGUCCCUGUUACAUCGUAGAAUCGAAGAACACAUCGAGCACAUCACCAAUCACCACGACCCCGAGCACAAUCAUAGAACCGAAAAUCAGCGAAGCUCCUGUGUACGGUCAACUCGGUUUCAUCCCGGUGAUUUUCGUACCCUACUGUCCAGGUGAUGAUGCUGAGAGUGAAAGCAUGACACGAUCAAUUUUCCCAACAGCAACACCUGUACCAUACCCCUGCAACGUUUGCGAUGGUCGACAGGACAAUCCAAUCGUCGGUGGAAAGCACUUCGACCUCGGUCAACUCAGUAAUAUUAAGGCCAUCAGGCGUGUCCUCAGUGAAGCAAAUAUAGGUUACUUGAAUGUUCCAGGUUUAACUGGGAAAACUCCCCGAUCACGGUCGCACAGACGAAAAGUCAAGAGGAGGAAAAGCAGUGAUUGAUGUGCAUCAUUGACUAUGCGAUACCCCUGGCUCUUCCUACUUCACGCCGAUUGCAUUAAGAGUGAAGUAAAAAGGAGCAGCAGCUUGUCUACAGUAUGUGGAGCAAGCACAAUCGUAAGUUAACUGGAUUAAACUUCGGCUGCUGGCUAGUCGACAGAAAUCACUGUGGUUACUUUAGUCGUUGGACCAUUAUCUGAAGUUUCCAUACCACAAAUGGAAACUCUCCUCUCCACUAUCACACAACUUCGUGACAUUCCAUGCUCAUUCCAGUGAUUCGAGAGGGGGAACUCGUGUAAUCUUAGAUUUAGGGCUAAUACCGACUGACGAUCGAUUCGAUUUCGAAUAGUAGAUUUGUAUAAUCAUACUGUUUCCACUCACACUUCGCGUAGAUGUAUCUAGAUAUUAGUUACCAUAAUUCAUUACUAUGAGAUUAUUAAGAUAAUACUGCUAAUCCUCGAGAUUCGCUGUGUGCUACAAAUAAAUUAUACAAUUGUAUAUAUUAACUUUAAUAUUAGAACGUGCUAUGUAUGAUAACAGAUGUUCAUAAUUCUCUUCUUUCACAUUAAAGAAUACUGCAGAAGAUGGUUCUAAUAACAAUGUAUUUGUAAAAAGUAUUGGAAAAAAUCAGUUUAGAGUUACGUCAUUGAAUG